GUAACAAUUUUGCUAGCUCACGACUGUUUUAUUGAUCAUUUUCAGAAACGCAGAUUACAAGAUCAUGAAACAAAUGUCUCGGCGGGACAAAAUCUUUUCCCGGUGGAGUUUCCCAGCGCUCAGAGCAUAAAAUAGAAGUCCAAUGAAUGUGCACGCGGGGACAUAGCACGAAAAACGGCUUAGAAGUGAUGGCAAACUGUCGAGACCCAUGGUUGCCAUGGGUGACAGUCCGUCAUGAGUAUAUUGGCCGGAAAGCCUACCAGAUCCCUCAUUCUACAGCUGUCAGGGACAUCAAGCAACUUAUCUAUGAAGAAACUGACCUGCCUGUCAUUGAGCAGCAGCUGGUUCACAAUGGGAAAGUGCUGGAUGACAAAGUGCAGAUUGGGACCCUGGUACCCAGGGGAAGCCCUGAAGUAUCCGUGACACUGGAGGGAAGGGGCCUGAAAGGGGGAGGUAAAAUGAUAGAUAACUGGAAAUAG